CUCUCCAAGCUGGAGGCUCCGUCAGGCGCGCUGCUCACCUGAGAGAGACCCAGGCGUGAUUCCCAUGUUUGCAGGCUGUUAAUGGAGAGGCGGGCGGAUGACAGCCGGGACCGUGGUCAUCACAGGUGGAAUAUUAGCGACUGUUAUUUUACUCUGCAUUAUCGCUGUCCUCUGCUACUGCAGGCUCCAGUACUACUGCUGCAAGAAGGAUGAGUCCGAGGAGGACGAGGAGGAGCCCGACUUCGCCGUGCACUCCCACGUGCCGCCGCUGCACUGCAACCGCAACGUGGUGCUGAGCAACGGGCCGGCGCUGCUGGGGCCGGCGGCGUUCGGCGCGGCGCCGGCGCCGUGCCCGGGCUGCGCGCCCUUCGAGCCGCCCACCUUCUUCCUGCAGGAGCCUGACGACGAAGAGGAGGAUGAGGAGGAGCUGCCCAACGGCGGCGAGCGCGUGAGCUACGGCAGCGAGGACGGGCUGCCGGUGCCGGCAGCGCCGGGGCUGCAGGCUCUCAACCCCAACCGCCUCUCGGCCAUGCGCGAGGCGUUCUCCCGCAGCCGCAGCAUCAGCACCGACGUGUGAGCGCGCGCCCCGGCGGGGAAAACCGCAAGGAAAAUGUGAAAAAAAAA